AUGAACCAACUGACCAAUGAUUGCUAUGCAUCGCUUCUUGGCUUUGCAAAAAUGUUCCGCUCAAUGACUCCUCCCAACAUCCGACUUGCUGUUCAUUGCCUAAAGUCUGUGUUAUACUUUAGACUGCCUCCAAACUACGAAGCAAGGACCCAUUUGCAAUUAGGUCGCCUUUUAUUUCUUCAUAGCAAAAGUGAUGACCAAAUAAAGUUUCAUCUUGAGAAGGCUCGAAGCCUAGGCACACAUUUGAAGCAUCCAGAUGAUAUAAUUAAGUUUGAAGCAGCUGACCUGCUAGCAGACUUUUUUGAGCGCAAAGGAAAACGAUAUGAGGCUAAUUGUGUACUAAAUGACGCUAUGCGGAUACUUGUUUGUGUUUCCAAGCAAUCGCAUGUCGCCGAACGUGAUGUAAAUUCAGCUUGCGAAACUCUCGGUAUGGGCUUCGAAUUUGCUUCUAUACAUAAUUCUGAUUAUACUCAGGGUCUUUUUCUGCUCAGCAAGUGUAUGCUGCUGCUAGCUAGCCGUCAGUUGCCUGAAGUCACUGCUAAUCUUUCUGAUGCAAAUCGCCUUAUAGAAAACUUGAAUGGUACUCGUUAUCAGAGAGAAGCCCUUCGUAUAUUCUACCUUGUAAUCAAUGUGUCCUUAUAUCUCUUGGCUGGCCAAGCAAAGCAAGCACAUCCCAUUCUAAGACAGCUGCAUUCAAGCAUUCAACAAUUCGCUGCCAUGGAUGAAAGUAAAUUCCUAGUCUUCCCUUUGACCUUUUCUUUCUUUUUUAUCAAUCCUUAUAUCAGCGUCUUUUUUACAGCCUCUGAUGGAGCCAUGACCAAUCCAAUUGACAGAUUUCAAUGGAUGCCCCGAGAGCACAUGGUCAUUUUAGUAUAUUUAAUCACUGUCAUGCAGUCUAUGCAAACUGGACUGCUUGAUAGGGCCCAGCGUUCAGCAGAGAAGGCUCUAACGCAGAUUGAAAAGCUUUCUGUGUUUGACGCGAAUCCUCUUUUGACAGUAUUUCAUCUCAGCUUGCUGGAACAUACUGCUAUGGGCCGCCUUGUAAUGGGUGUGAAGACGGCAGCUGUUCAAGAUAUUGGAAUAGCCUGUAGAAUUUGUGCAGCAAAUCCUUCCUUAAUGGCAAGACGGCUUCCUCAAUUGCAUACUUUAGUUGGAUUGUAUGCAAUGUCUAUGAAUUGUAUGAAUGAAGCAGAAACACAAUUUAAGUUAGCCCUAAAAGUAAGUUAUGUAGUCGCAUGCUUUUAUAUUUUUUAUAAGAAAAGUUAA